CUCCAGAACCAGUCAUGGAUGGCCUAUCUGAUGCAUGGUGCAGCUCAGCCAUCCAGGUUUUUCAACCAACAAUGGCGUUUGAAGAGAAUGCUAUAAUGGAGUUCAGGAAUGCUGACAAUAAAACAGUAUCGACGAAAAACGAUAAGAAUGUCAAGGUGGAAGACAAUGAUUUCAAGAAAAUACCACAAUGGAAUGUCGAUGAUGUUAAGUCAUGGCUAUGGUUGCAGCAGGCUAUUCAUCCAGAGCUGGACUAUGAUCUCAACUUCAGAAAAAAAUGGUUUUCUACCAGAAAUGCACCAUGGAAAGGGAUGUCAAUAAAAAAAUGGAUGAAGGAAAUGAGGCAGAAGAGGAAGGAGGAAGAUAGGUUGCAAAAGGCAGAGGUGCAUGCAGCAAUAUCGGUUGCAGGAGUGGCAGCAGCGCUUGCCGCCAUAGCGGCAGAAAACGCAGCGCCGGGCCAACAAAAUGCUUCGAAAGAGACUGCAGUGGCCACUGCUGCAGCUCUGGUUGCAGCACAAUGCGCCCAAGUGGCGGAGGCUGUGGGUGCAAAGCGUGAACAAUUAGAAUCAGCUAUAAGCGCAGCGAUCACGGCUACUGAUAAGAGUAACAUCAUCACCUUAACAGCUGCCGCAGCAACAUCAUUGCGAGGUGCAGCAACUCUUAGAGGAAGGCCUGGGCACAGAGAGAGAAUAAAGGGUAGCAGCACACCUACACUUCAAUUCAACGAGCAUUACUUCGACUUUGGAAGGUGUAGGGCAUCCCUGGCAAAAGGCGAAGAACUCCUUGUCCGAACGGAAGAUGGCAAGUGCAGACUAAGAAUGGUCUCUGUAUCCUUAAAUAAAGAUGCCAAGGUCAUCCUAACAACCAGGAAGGUCAGCCUUCUAAUUGGUUUGUCAAGUGCGCAAGAAAGUAUUGUAUAUAACCUGCAAACCAGCCAGAUUGAAGAGCCUGCAAAGCAUCCAGAUCCAUCAUGCUAUUCGGUUAGUAUGACCACAACUAAGGGAAGGAUUGAGCUCGAAAUUGAUGAUUACAUUCAGUACAAGAAAUGGACUAUGACCAUUAAUCAAAUGUUAAUUCUUUCCACAACCUUCGGCACAUAUGAAUUCCAAGUUUAAAGGAACGGACCGAAUCUUGAUGAUGUCAUACCCAUCAUUGUUCUCUAUAUUGUAUUUCUACUGUUUUUUCCUUCUCAUCUUUGAGUUUUUGUUGGUUAUAUGUAUGGAAGAGAUGAAUAAUGAUGUUAUGAGGUACAAGCUUCUUCUUUGUAAAGUAACUGAUCAUUGUCCAAAAUAGAUAGCAGAAACAAGGAAUUGAAAUAAUAAUUUCUAUGUGAGCAAUCUCUCAAAUCUUAAUCACACUGUAUAAACUAGAUAAAUUAGUUUCAUGAAAAUAAUAGCAGAAAGCACCAAGCAGAGGCGUAAAAUUGUUUUCUCUUAAGAACAAGAAAGAAAAAACAGAUUGCUUAUGUUGAUACUUGGCCAACUUAAAACCCCAUUAAAUGAUACCAAGCUUCAUUGCCUGACAAUUACUAGUUUUUCCUUUCAAAUUGUUUGUGCGCUACCAACAGUAGAUUAUUGCAAACCAGUUAUGUGCAUACAGCGAUAAAAAGGCAUCAUUAUAGAAUGGAUGAGUCAAGCUUAUAAACCAUAAUACAAAUAACAACCGUUCACCUU